AUGGAUUACGAGGUAUCAAGAAUUGGGGAGAUAGUAGAAGAUUCAGAGCAGAUUGAUCUGCCACCUGGCUUCAGAUUUCACCCAACAGAUGAAGAACUCAUAAGCCACUACCUGAAACCGAAGGUUCUAAACACCUUCUUCUCCGCUAUAGCCAUUGGUGAAGUCGAUCUCAACAAGGUCGAGCCUUGGGACUUGCCCUGGAAGGCUAAGAUUGGAGAAAAAGAGUGGUACUUCUUUUGCGUAAGAGAUCGAAAAUACCCGACUGGUUUAAGGACGAACCGGGCAACGAAGGCCGGUUAUUGGAAAGCUACAGGCAAAGACAAAGAGAUCUUCAAAGGAAAAUCUCUUGUGGGUAUGAAGAAAACUUUGGUUUUCUACAAAGGAAGAGCUCCUAAAGGAGUAAAAACCAAUUGGGUCAUGCACGAGUAUCGCCUUGAAGGCAAAUAUGCCGUGGACAAACUCCCUGAGACCGCUAAGAAUGAAUGGGUUAUUAGUCGUGUUUUUCAGAAACGGGCAGAUGGUAAGAAGAUGCAUAUCUCCGGUUUAAUGAUGCUUGGUUCAGAGGUUAAUCAAUUCGAACCGGUCGGGUUACCUCCGCUGAUUGAUUCUUCUCCGUACCUCAAGAGCGGAGGAGGAGACUCUUUCGCCGGAUCGUUGUCCCACGUGACCUGCUUCUCCGACAAAACAACCGAGGACAAGAGUCUCAUCUCCGAAUCAAAAGACGAUUUUAACCUUACCAUGUUCGGUUCUUCGUCGACUCACUUAAUACCGAACAUUGGUUCUCUGCUAUACUCUGAUCAUCUGUUUUUGCAAGAUAAUUCUUCAACAAUGAAGAUGUUGCUUGGCAGUGAAGAAAUUCAAUAUCAUAAAAAUCUCCAGGAUUUAGGUACAUUGGAGGAUGAAUUAACCGCGAGUUCAUGUCAAGCUCAUGAUCCUUCUGGUUCGGCCGGUCCGGUUAUGGUCGAUUGCUUUUGGAAUUUCUGA